AAGGACGUCUACUCCCUACUUCUGCUUGAAACCAUUUACUUGAUCCUCCCGGAGCAGAAUAGUCGCAUCCUACAUAAGAGAGGAACUAUCGAAAAUGGUUCGAAAGCGUAGGAACCAUGACCCCGAGUCCUCCGUGGACACCAAGCGACCUCGUCGUGUCUACACCAACACCGACGCAGCGCUGGCCGAUAUAUUCGAAAAUCUGUCGAACGAAGCGGCGGCUCCUCGCUUAGAGGCCACAAAGGAGUUGCUGGAGACCGUUCAAUCGGCUCAAUGGUCAUCACCGGAACUGAUUGAGAAGAUUCUGCGCCGCCUCGUCCGGGGAUUGUGUAGUAGUCGAAAAUCGGCCCGCCUUGGCUUCUUUCCGGCACUCAUCGAGGUGAUACGUACGGUGUAUGGCGACCCAAAUGCUGUCCCGGACACGUUCUCUCCAUCGUUGGGUGAUUUGCUUUCAUUCAUUGAAUCCAACACCCGGACGGACGCAAGCGCUUCUGGACAGGAACGGAGAGAUCAUAUAUUCGGUCGUCUUUAUUCUAGCGCUGCCUUGAUUAACUCAUCUGUCUUACUGGAAGGCGAUCUCUCAUCUUCGCUAUGGGACGACUUGUUGAACGUGGUUGGAGGUCUUGCCAAGGAGCACCCUUGGGUCCGAGAAGAGUGCGGUUCAAUGCUUUGCAAGGCCCUGAGACUCCUUUCCAAACAAGAAGCUCCGCAAGCCUCACGUCAUGCGAGAGCGAUCGUUGACGCAUUGUCGAAAUUCAAGCUACAACGCACACCCGAAGGGGUGGCCAUUUGGCUGACCUUCACGUCCCAAUUUCCUGAUCUGGAUCUCCCAGCCAAAGUAUGGCAUAAGGAUGAUCCUCUUUCCAAGAAGGAGAGGAAAGAGCUGGCUGCGAUCAUGAGAGAAGACUUCAGCAAAGCCUCCGGCCCUGAAGCCUCUGACGGCACCAACAAGUCAGGCUCUUGGAAGUCGCAGAGUAAUUUCGCUUGGAGUGUCUUGAUACACCAUCAAAUUUCCCGAUUGGAGAACAAAACCGAAGCCGCCGCUCUGUUGGAGGAGUUCAGUCGCUUCUGGAUCGACGUUGUUGACAAUAACUUAUUUUCGGCCAAAGCAUCCGCGGAGAGGAAAGCAUGGGGAUUGCAGAUCCUUUCACAAGCGAUUCGAACCUGUCCGGCUUGGGCGCUGUUCGAGUUACUCAGUCCAAAUAUCCUCAGGAGUAUCCAGAACCAGAGAUCUUCUCCAGACAGUAAUCUGCAUGGUCUGGCGUUGGAGCCAUUGAAGGAGCUCAUCAAGCGGGUCAAGAAAACUCCUGAUCAAGGCGCCUCUAUAGCGAUGUUCCUUUUGUCUCAAUCAAAGUCGAUGGACUUCGAUCAAGCGACGAAGUCACGCACGAUUGAGACCAUCCUCAGUGAGACCGACGAAGAAAAGCUCGUUGAUUUUGUUCAAUUCGCCAAGGAUAUCAUUAACCGACCGACUUCUCAAGACGAAGACGAAGCUGCCGAUGAUCGUCGAGCAAUGGCCGACGCACUACUCACAAUGGUCAAGGGGCAGGUGAAAUCGGGGUCGGAGAAAGAAACCGGAGGACGGAACGCUUCUCCGCCAUGGGUUUCCCCUCUGCUGCGUCUGAUGGUGGAGCUGUCUUACGUGAAAAAGCGGAAAUCUGCAUCCAAGAAAGACCGAUCCAAGCCGUCGAUUUCGAGUGUCUCCCGUGAAAUGUUUCGGUCGAAGUUGAACUUGAUACUUGGCACAUUGCUGGCAUCCAAGGACACUUCGCUUUGGGACUGUGCUUAUACAGCCGCUUCAUAUCUUCAAGAAGACGCCCAAUCUGGAUCUACUGAGCUGGUUGCGGAAUACGACGAGAAGAUCUCAGAAAUCCUGGAAUCUACGUUCGAAUCACUUGAUGAAAUUCAUGCGAAGAAGAUGGAGUCUGACGACAGUCUCCGGUUUACCUACGGAGGACUGGAGCUUCUGCAGUCUUUCACCGUCCUCCAAAUCUAUAAUGGAGAACCCGAAGCGGUGUCCGUCGCAGAGGAUCUGAUCGAAUGCUCCAAAGAUCUCACCGGGGAUGAUAGCGAAGGCAAUGCCAUCGGCGCCAUCCUUGAGAUCCUGAUCUCCUUCGCCUCCAAGCGGUCGACAUUGAUGAGAAAAAUCGCGGAGCAAGUCUUCUCCGCUUUCACGAGCCGCAUGGACCGAACUACUUUGGGGUACUUGACUGAUAUCCUUGGAAAGGAGGAGAGUGAAGCUGGCCAAAGUGAACUGUACGAGGCGGAAGACGAUGCCGAAGCCUCGAGCUCAGAGGACGAGGAAGAUAAGGAAGACAGCGACACCGAGGAAUCUAUGGACUCGGACGUUGAAAUGGUUGAUGGCGUCGACAAUGAGCAAAAUGAGUUCGAUGCCGAGCUGUCGGCUGUUUUACGAAUUUCUAACGCCCAAAUUGUUGGGCCUGAAGAUCUUAGCUCGUCGGAUGAGGACGAAGAAGAAGAGGAUUUUGACGACGAGCAAAUGAUGGCAUUGGACGACAAGAUCAGCGAAGUGUUCAAGAAGCGGAUGGGCCAGACGAACAAAGAGAAGAAGAAGGCGAAGACGGAGGCCCGAGACAACAUGGUUCAGCUCAAAAACCGAAUCCUGGACUUGCUCACGAUUUUGGUGAAAAAGGAGUUCGGCAAGGAAUUUGUGUCGGGCAUCAUACUCCCGCUUCUCACGCUUGUUCGAACGGCUUCGACGCCGCAGCUUUCGAAACGGGCUUUCGACUUGUUGAAGCAGUAUUUCGACCUCGGCAGAGGGAAGGAGAUGCCGCAGGUUACUGACCUGAGUGGUUGGCUUUCACUGUUGGCGUCCAUCCACGAGGAGGCAAUGCGGACGAAGGCGGAUAACCACGGAAGGAGUUGUAGCAGCGCUAGCUUGUUUGUUGUUCGGGUCUUGGUGGCUCAAGACAGGAAACACUUCGACGCAGCGGGAGAGGUGUAUUUACACACAAAAAAACUGUGGUUCGCCGAUCCGAAGUCGAAAUUGACACAGAGUUUCUUCUCGGAUUGGGUAGGCUGGAUGGGAUCGAUGCGAAAGGAGAAGUCAGCAUCCCACUAGCCGGAUUAACCUGGACGGAUAUUUAGGUUGGUACUGGAACGGACACUGGAUUGAUAGGAAACCCCACGUCGGGGUGCCGGGAGCGAAAGGAUAAUUCAAAACAUGGUCG